AAAUCUUUGGAAUUUCUGAUCCGCGACUAAAAGCCUGCUGGUCAGUUCUCGUGUAGAUGCGCCCACGCCCGCUAUCUCCCUGAAGCAGAAGACAGCUACUAAUUUGCAUCUUGGGAAGUAGGCAUUGUCGUAUUGAAACCCAUAAACAUUAUUCUCAAGCUUCGAUAAUCGAUCUCGACCCAUCCUCCUUCUUUAACCAUGAACAACCCUCCUCAUGGCCCAGUGCCGGGCUACGACCGAGACCGAGAUCGAGAGCGAGAGAUCGAGGAACAGCAUAGGCAACGCGCAGCAUUACAGCAGCAAGAAGAGCUGGCACAACGAGAGCGCGAUCAUAAUGAGAGACAGGAAAGAGAAAGACAACAUCGAGAACAAUACCAACCCGCUCCUCCUCAUCAGAGUAGCACAGGCUCGAUACCCAUCCACCAACCCGUAGCAUCGCGUCUACCAGGUGCUAUACACAGUCCUGGCGGUCUUCUUGCAAACCAUGGCGGUGCACCUCCUCCUGCUCCUUUAGGUGCACCGAGUGGCCCGGGAAAUGCAUUUGGUGGUCCUUUGCAUAGUGAAGCCAAUCGACCCCUCCAGCACCAACCUCCGAAUCCCCCCAGCCAGCUCCAACAACAGCAAGGCUUUGGUCCGAGCAUACUACAUCAUAAUCCAGUUGGGGGCCCUGGACCGAAUCCUGUUGCAUUUGGUGGACCCCUCCAGCAGCAACAACAACAGCAACAGGCUCAACAACAGGCUCAACAGCAAGCUCAGCAACAGGCCCAGCAGCAACAGGAAGCGGUGUCGAGAUUGCAGCAACUUCCAUUUGGUGUCCCUCCAGGUCAUCAGAUGCCUGGGGCACCAGCUUUAGGACAAGGCGGUCAGCAACCUAUAUUGAAUGACGCACUCAGUUACCUCGACCAGGUCAAAGUCCAGUUCGCCGACCAACCAGACGUGUAUAACAGAUUUCUCGAUAUCAUGAAAGACUUCAAAAGUCAAGCAAUCGAUACCCCAGGAGUCAUCAAUCGAGUCUCCGAACUUUUUGCUGGUCACCCAAACCUCAUUCAGGGAUUCAAUACUUUCUUACCGCCUGGUUAUCGGAUUGAGUGUGGUGCUGGAAAUGACCCAAAUACAAUUAGAGUGACAACUCCCAUGGGAACAACAGUGCAAUCAAUAACUGGUGCUGGCCGGGCACUACCCGAAUCAGUAUUGGUACAAGGCGGUGUAAGUGGAGUCUACUACGGUGGACAACGCCCUGGAAACUGGCAACAACAGCAGCCGCAACACAGUAUCGAAAGCCCAGAAGCAGUCUUCAGCCCCCAGAAUCAGAGCCAGCCAACUCCUUAUAAUCAGACGCCAAAUCAACAUACUGCAUACGAGGCGCAACAAGCAGCGGCCGCAGCCCAUCAACAACAACAAAGAGGAGUUUCUCAAUUGACGAGUGCUGUCGCAACUUUGGGACACCCUCCGAGAAAUACACAAACGCCAACUCCUGGGGGUCAGCCAGGUAUGAAUGGUGGAGCGCAGCCUGGUUUAGAGAAAAGAGGACCAGUCGAGUUCAACCAUGCGAUCAGCUAUGUGAACAAAAUCAAGAACCGCUUUCAAGACAGACCCGAAAUUUACAAACAAUUUCUUGAAAUUCUUCAGACCUACCAACGAGAAUCAAAACCCAUUCAAGACGUCUACGCGCAAGUUACUACUUUGUUCAACACUGCACCUGAUCUUCUCGAAGACUUCAAACAAUUCCUCCCUGAAUCAGCUGCUCAAGCCAAAGCAGCCGCAGCCGCGAAGGCAGCAGAAGAAGCACAACAAAGUCAAUUGCCCCCAAGCCAGGGUGCGCGAGGAGAAUCGAAGAUGCCGCCAGUUGGUAACUUCCAAGUCCCUCAGAGCAACAAUACCAGCAAGGAGACCAAGAAACGUCCUCGCAAUAGUGGCACAGCUCCUGCUCCACAACCCAAUGUUGUCGGCGAGGGUUCUCGAUCAGUACCUCAAGGUGCUCAUGCCAACAAGAGAGCCAAGCUGAAUCACAGUAAAAUCGGUGCUCUUGAUACUCAAGCCGUCUCCCCAACGUUGACACCUAUCAUGCCAGAGCCUCUUCCACCGACUUCGAACUCUGGUGCGUCGCAGGAAGAACUCGCCUUCUUCGACCGGGUCAAGAAGUAUAUCAGUAACAAGUCAGCCAUGAACGAGUUUUUAAAGCUCUGCAACAUGUUUUCUCAAGAUCUCGUUGAUAAAAACAUGCUCGUUCACAAGGUCAGCCUAUUCAUAGGUGGUAAUGCUGAUCUUGCCAACUGGUUCAAGACUUUUGUUCAGUAUGAUGGCAAGGAUGAAACCAUUGACAAUCAGCCCAUGGCUCCAUCCGGCCGUGUCGCACUUAGCAAUUGCAGAGGUUUGGGCCCCAGCUAUCGAUUGCUGCCAAAGAGAGAACGUCUCAAGCCCUGCUCUGGCCGUGACGAGAUGUGCAGGCUAGUACUCAACGAUGAUUGGGCCUCUCACCCUACUUGGGCUUCAGAGGACUCUGGAUUCGUCGCUCACCGCAAGAACGUGUAUGAGGAAUCUCUCUCGCGUGUUGAGGAAGAACGCCAUGACUACGACUUCAAUAUUGAAGCCAAUUCCAAGGUCAUUCAGGUUCUCGAGCCCAUUGCACAGUCCAUCCUGGGCAUGACUGAAGAUCAACGACAAACCUUUAUCAUGCCAACUGGCUUCCAAGGUUCCUCUCAAUCCCUGUAUAGACGUGUUUUCAAGAAAGUCUAUGGGGACCGUGGUCUGGAGGUCGUUGAGGACAUGUUUAGAGACCCUUGCGCUGUCCUGCCCAUCGUGCUUGCUCGUUUGAAGCAGAAAGAUGAGGAAUGGCGCUUCACGCAGCGUGAGUGGGAGAAGGUUUGGCAAGCCCAGACUCAAAAUAUGUACUUGAAGAGCCUUGAUCACCAAGGUCUCAACGUCAAGACAGCCGACAAGAAGAAUCUCUCUGCCAAGCACCUUGUUGAUGUCAUCAAGACCAGGACUGAGGAGCAACGCCGUCAACGACCCACUCUCAAUGGCAAGCAGAAGAAGAUCGCCUUCCAAUUCACCUACGAAAUCUCCGAUUCAGAUGUUAUCCUUAACGUCCUUCGGUUGAUGAUAGUCUAUGUGAAGGGUGCUGUUCAUCACAAUGCCUCCGAACGUCGUCGCGUCAGAGACUUUUUCGACAAGUUCGUAGGCAUCUUUUUCGGCAUCUCUCAUGAGCAAAUCAUGGAGGCUACUAACGAUGUUGAUCGUGACACUCCUGAUGAUGACUCAGAAGAGCUUCCUCCUACCGAAUUGCCAAACGGUCGCAGCAAACGCUCCAACGGCAAGAAGACUGAUCUUCGCCGUGGAGUCCUUGACCGCAGCCGCAACGGAACUAAGAGCAGACAAGACGAUAGUGCGACUGGAAGCAAGGAGUCAACUCCGGAAUCUGCUGCAGACGACGAUGAUGCUGCUGAUGCCGCUGAAGAUCAGUCUGUCAAUCAAGUCUCUGAUGAGCGUUGGUUGAAGCAAACGUCAGUUGCCAAGCCUGAUACUGAACUCAAUGCCGACCAACCAGUCCUUCGUACUAGCUAUAAGCUUUGGGCCAAUCAAAACAUCUUUGUUUUCUUCAGCAUCUUCCAAACCCUGUAUCGAAGAUUGAAGGAGAUCAAGGACAGUGAGGCAGAGGCCAUUGACCAAGCUAACCGUGCUGCUCUCGACAAGCCUGCUAAGUUACUUGACUACAUCAGCGCGAGAGACGAAGCCAGACUCAGCGAGGAUGAGACCUUCUACUCGCGUGCCUUGCAGCUGAUCGAGGACUAUGUCAAGGGUGACAUUGAUGAGAAUACAUAUCAGAGUUGGCUUCGACGUCAUUUCUUGAUGAAGGGUUGGCAAGCUUUUACCGUCUUGGAUCUUCUCAAGACUCUCGCCAAGCUUGGCUCCAUCUGCUCCAGCCCAGAUGUCAAGGAGAAGACGUCGGACCUCAUACGUCAAUUCUACGCUAAUAGACAAUCGGAGGAGACCACCUACAACAACGAAAUCAACAUGCGAAAGCAAGCUGACAAAUGGAUCAAGGACAGCGAACUGUUUUUGAUUGAAUGGAAUUCUCUCAAGAAGACAGCCGGUGUUAGAUGGUUCCAGCGCGAGGAUACCACUUGGGAUCUUGAUGACAUGACUGCCAUUGAUCAAUGGAAGUACUACGUCUCCUCCUACUUCCGCAUCGAGCCCACCGAAGGUGUCCCCCGUGAGAGAAUGCACAAGGCGGUGUUAAUGCGUAACGUCUCCACAAGCGAUGCCGAUUUCGAAGAUGGCGCCGCUCGUGAAGUAAAAGCCGGCAGUAAAGAGGACCUCAUCAUGCGCAUCGCCGUUCACGGCUUCGAGAUCAAAUUCGGCCCCCCUCCUAAUUCUGAGUACUUUAUCUUCACCGAUAAGCCCAUUGGUGACGAUCCUGCAACUGGCGAGAACUUUGCUAGGGAGCGACUUCGACCAUUUGAGAAUAUUCGAACGGAGAGAUUCAAGGAGAAGUUUGAGAUGAAUAAUGCUUGGAUGAAGGGCAAGAGUCGAGAUGAGGUUGCACUAAAGAACGAUCAGUUCAAGAAGUGGAUGGAGGAGGGCGUCGUUGCAUCAUCCUCUACUGCUGCUGCUGCUCCUCCAACGGCGAUGGAUGUUGACGAAGAUGCGGAGAUUUUGUGAAGACGGCGUGGAUCUGGGAAUGGGGUGUCUAUGGGGUUAAGCAGUGACUGGCAUGUCACCUUGCUCGAGCUCUUUUCUUUCAUUAUGGCUUUCCUGCCGUUCAUUUUCUCAUAUGGGCGGUCAUGAACUCUGAUUUGCUGGUCUUUGCUUCUCAAUGGCCAUAGAUUGCGUGCGGUGUUACAUAUUAUGUAUGGAUUUUGCUUUUUGCACUACUCUGGAAGCCCCGUCGCUUGUGCUAUGGGGUGGAUUGUAAGCUAGAAAAAUAGCAUGGAUUCUUAUGAC